AUGGGAAACAUAAACAAGGCUUCUAAAAAGAACGGUAAAAGAAAGAAGGGGGAGUCGUCUGUAGAACGAAGCGGCGCCCCGUUGGCUGCCGCCAUGCUGGGGGGCAUGGGGGGUGCAGGUGAGCUUGACACGGAUGACGAAGACGAAGGAGCGAGCGAGCGGGACUUCGACGAGCCCCUGUGCGCGCUGGUUCAGAACUGCAACAUGCUGCACCACCUAGUGGGGCCUGCUUGUAUCUUCCUCAGACAGAGCUUUGCACAGAGCCAGAUUGACAGAGAUCUACGACCAGAGGAAAUGGAAGGUGGCGGCAGAGUGGACUUCGAAGACUUUGUGGAACUGAUGGGUCCUAAAAUGCUCGCUGAGACAGCAGACAUGAUUGGAGUCAAGGAGCUGAGGGAUGCCUUCAAAGAGUUUGACUCUGAUGGUGAUGGUCAGAUCAGCCUCGGUGAGCUGAGGGAAGCCAUGAAAAAGCUAAUGGGGGAGCAGCUGAACCACCGCGAGAUAGACGAGAUCCUGCGAGAUGUUGACCUCAAUGGGGACGGAGAGGUGGACUUCGAAGAGUUUGUGCGAAUGAUGUCUCGCUGACUCUUCACCAAACCAUUGCGCUACUGCACCAACAUGGACCGGACUGUACACCGUUUAAUUCUUCAUGAUGUACAAUAAUCUUAUUGGUGUUUGUAGUUUUCUGUUAAUUCAACAUCUCUCAAGUAUAAGAGAAUCCAUUUGAUGUGUAACUGUUGUAUGAAUGUAAUAAUGUAUAAUUUAUUUAACAUGUACUAAAAGAUUGUAAAGUGAUAAUUCAGCAGAUGGUUACUCAAAGCUUCUCUUCAGAAGUGGAUUUAAAUUUGAAUGUAUUUGAACUGUGAAUACCAUACGAGCAACAAUUUGGUUUGCAGUACAUAACAGAAGUUACCUGAUUUGUCAGUUUACACACAGUAUUCUAUCAUUCAAGUUAAAAUUAGAAGAAAAGUUACUUUAGGUGUUCAGUUGGCCUGUUGAGAUUUCCGAGGAUGUUUUCUUUUUGUAAUUUGGGUGAACUGGCCCUUUAAACAUGCAGUUUACUAUAUAACCUGCGUGGAUCUUAAGUAUUAUCAUUUACCACAAAUGUACUAUCUAAGCUCUUCCAUUCAUUACAUUGUGACUGUCAUUACUGUUGAAUAGUGUAGUGUAGAAGGCAAAAGUGACAUUGGAUUAUUUAUACACUUUUAUUGCACAAGCAGCCUCAAAAAUACAUAGCAAAACUUUUAUCCAGGACUUCAAUACAACCUAUAUCUGCAAAUAAAUCUUGCAUGUUGUAUAUUCAGUGUCAAAUAUCUUUUUGAUACAAAUUUGAUAACAAUAACAGGAUUGUUCUUUUUGGUCUACACACCUGUCACAGGUCCUGUUUCUUUGUUCAGGCGAAAAUGAAUAUACAGAAUGUCAAUUGCUUAUUUUCUGCAACUAUAUACAUGUUUAAUGUUUGUACAGUGUCAGAUAUUUUAAGAAUCCAUUAUACAUUUUAAUGUAUUAACAAUGAAUAAGAGUGAUAAUAAAUGAGUUG